AUGUCUCUGUCUAAAAUUUUGGCGGAGAAGUCUCUCUCGGUUGGGUACCGAUUUCGCCUUACUGACGAAGAACUCAUCAAUCACUAUCUGAAGUUGAAGAUCAACGGCGAUGAGAAACAAGUCAGUGUUAUUCGAGAGAUCGAUGUUUAUAAAUCGGCGAUAAAGACGACUGAUGAAGAGUGGUUCUUUUUCUGUCCUAAAGAUCGCAAGUAUCAGAAUAGGCAGCAAUUGAACAGAGCGACUCUGGCUGGAUCUUCUCUCUCCUCCGAUCUCCACCGACAGCAACUUCUUCUGCCUCUCGAACUCGGCUUGCAAGUGAUGAACAUGAGCAUGGAGAGAAGCCUACAGAUCACCACCACAGGUGGUGAUGGUGUAGUUGGUGGUGGUGGUGGUUUGUUGGUGAAGAAGAGAGGGAGGCCAAUAAAGUAUGACUCAGAUGGUAACUUGAGACUACCAUCUAUAUCACCCCCACCACCAGGUUUUUCUUUUUCACCUCCUUUUCCAUCAUUAUUUACACCGUGCCUUCAAGCACGGGCAUACCACCUGGUUUUGGUAACUGCCAGCUGCUUGAGAUGA